AUGAUGGGAGCUGGGACCCCCGGGGGGCUCAGCGAUUCCGGUGCAUUCACCCCUGACCUGACACUUGAGCAGUUGCUGAGGUCUGUAUCAUGCAUUUGUGUCGUGUAUUCGUCCUCUUGUUUCUAUUCUAACUCAUUUUGGCGGUUUUCAAACAGCACCUCCAACUUCCUCGCCCUUGGAGGGGAGCCUGGGAGGCCUCCCCUUGAAUCUGGAGACCAAGGCAGGGGCCGCGGCACGGGCCUUCCCAGGCGAGGUCGUAGGAGGCGGUGGUUCAGGGGCCCCGCGAGCCGGCAGGCCAGGAAGGAGGCCUUCCCGGGGACACCCCACCGGGUCAGGGCUGGUGUAGCGCUGGCCGUCUGUCUGUCUUUGCAGCAGCAGAGGCCCCAGACUGGAGAGGAGAGCUCCAGGCCUCUGCCUGCCCUAGUUGACCACCGCGUCACGCCGCUCAUGUCCAGGCCACGUCUCCCACUGACUUGUCAGCCUCAGCUUCUCAGACUCUGUUCCUUCCCUGGCCGGCUGCUGGCACUGGUCUCUGCAGGCUCACCUCAGUCUCGGCCUGGUGGAAAAUUCUCUAAAGGCUCCUCCUUGCCGUCAGAAGGACUUACAAGACCUCCGCAGUCUGGCAGCCUCCCUCCAGCCAGUCAUGCCUCCAGCCCAAGGCCCCGUGCUCACACCUGAAGUGACUCAUUCUUUCCAGAACAUUCCAGACACGUUCAUGCUUCUGUGCCUUUAACCAUGUUCUUCCCUCUGUAUGGACUUCCCACACCUUCACAUGUCCCCUAUUUCACACUCUCUGAAGCUCCACCUCCACCAAGCAGAACAGAGUGUUCGUCGCUGACUAUCCCAUUAUUCCCCAGCCUACAGGUCGCUUUUGUAGCACUUCCUUGUCUGUUUCUCUACUCUGCAUCUCUGGGGGCUGCUGUGUAGCCUGCCUGGCAUACGAGCUGUCAUCCAUCAAUGCUUCUAGGGUUUCCACCGCUGCUACCCUAAUUCAGAGAAUAAUCUUCACGCUAAUAUGUCUUCUUAAAGUACAGCUGCCAACAGGCCAUCCCCCACCCCCCUCAAAAAAGUAGGGGUCUCCCCACUGAAUGAAGACAAAACUUAGCACAGCAUCUGUGAUCUAUGCCUUUAGACUGAAGGAGACCUGAAGAAAGGAUCAAAGAGUUGAAGUCACCCAGCAAGUUGGCUGGAUUAGUUAUUACCCACCUCUGUGCUGCUUCUGACCCCGUCUCCCCAUCUGUACCCAGAUCUUCUCCGGCAUGGCACAUGGUCUUCAGUUUUUUAAUUUCUACUCCUAGAUUUCUCUUCCUCAUAGUCUCUUUCUCUUGGAUAAAGUUUAUUCUUGGGACACCGGGAUACCUCAGUGGUUGAGCAUCUGCCUUCUGCUCAGGGCCUGAUCCCAGAGUCCCGGGAUCGAGUCCCACACCGGGCUCCCCCCAGGAAGCCUGCUUCUCCCUCUGACUGUGUCUCUUUCUCACUCUC